GUCGUUAGCGUUUUGGCCUACCUCGUUUACAAUUUGAAACGGAAGUACGAGUUUUGGAAGGACCGCAAUGUCCCUCAGGUCGGAUUGUCCAAGGACUUUUUCCUAAACCUUCUCAAGCAUAGGCUGUGCAACUUGCAGGAUAUCUACGACGAGUUCGCUGGGAUACCCUAUGGCGGCUACUACCAAGGCGGGACGCCUUAUUUGAUGAUUAAGGAUCCGGAGCUCAUCCGGCGCAUUAUGAUCAAGGACUUCUCUCACUUCACCGACCACGGCAUGCUCAUGGUGAUGAACGACCCCAUCCAAAGGGAUAACCUGUUCAAUCUGACGGGUCAGCGGUGGAAAAGCAUCCGCUCCAAGAUAUCGCCCAUCUUCACCUCCGGCAAACUCAGGCGCAUGACCAUCCUCAUGAAUGAGUGUACCAAACUUCUGGACAAGUAUUUGGAGCGAACUACGGGGAAGUCGGAUGAAAUAGAGGUGCGUGAAUUAUUCCAGAAGUUCGCCGUCGACACGAUCGGGAUUUGCGCUUUCGGCAUUAACUGUAAUGCCAUCGAGGACAAGGAUUCAUACUUCAACCGGAUCGUCCGAAAGCUGAGCGCGCCCGGCACGUUUUUCAGGGGCCUCUGCAUGUUACUGCUCAACGCCGUGAGCCCCAAAAUCCUGGCGACUUUCAAACUGAAAAUCAUGGACCCUGACAUUGAAAAUUUUUUCUACUCCUUGGUCAGCAGCACGAUUCAAAAUCGAGAGGAGGAAAAGGUCAAAAGAGAUGACUUCAUGCAGCUUCUCAUAAACGUCCGGGCUGAGGAACAGAAAAUGCUCCAAGAGGAGAAAGACGGUUCAGAGCCUCUUUUCGACGAUGAUGUAUGUAUGGCGAAUGCUUUUAUCUUUUUUGGUGCGGGCUUCGAUCCCGUUUCGACAACUCUAAGUCAUUGCUUGUACGACUUGGCCCUAAACCCGGAAGUGAUGGAGAAACUUUACUUGGAAGUCAAACGAGUCCGAGAUGCCCAUGACGGAAAAAUUGAUUAUGAUAUUUUAAAAGAAAUGGAAUACUUGCACUGCGUCAUUUCAGAGACUUUGCGACUACAUCCUCCAGCUGGUUGGCUAGAGCGGAUAUGUACGAAAGCCUAUCAAAUCCCAGAUUCAUCAUUAACUCUUGCCGAAAAUUCGCACAUUUCGAUUCCAGUCGCGUGUCUCCACAGAGAUGCCCGGUUCUUUCCAGAUCCUGAAAAAUUUGAUCCAGACCGAUUCAGCGUAAACAAUAAAAACAACAUCGUCCCAGGCUCUUAUAUACCGUUCGGUGAUGGACCAAGAUUGUGCAUAGCCGAGAGAUUCGCUCUGAUGGAAAUGAAGGCGGCUAUGGCACUCAUCGUUAGCAAAUACACAGUUCACCCGUGCGCAAGAACCCAAAUUCCUCUGAAAUUAAACCCUUUAUCUUUCUCGAAUACGCCGAAAGCAAUUUAUUUGAAAAUCUGCCGACGACAAUAAAAGCUACUAAUAACGGAAAACA